AUGUUGAUACUUCCGCAGGAGCUCAUCGCCGAAAUACUUUCUACACUACCCGUUGAAUCUCUGGUACGUUUUCAGUGCGUUUCGAAGGCAUGGCUCUCUCAAAUCAAUGACCCAUAUUUCAUAAAGAUGCAUCUCCACACCAACAGACAACGCAGUCUCAUUGGGAGGAAACGUAAGUCGAAUCGUUGGCCAGAGGAAUACUACUUGGUUAACAUUUCCAACGAGGAUCGGUUAGGGGAUCCCGUUAAGAUCUUCCCACCAUUAUACCGUUCAGAAAACGUCAAGUACCGCACCUCAGUGAUAGGCUCUUGCAACGGCUUGGUUUGCAUCCUCUUCUUUUGCAACCGCAAAUAUGGUUCUCAUUAUGAAAUUGGGAUUUGGAACCCAUCAAUCAGAAAACACAGAAGAGUACCCUUUGAGCCUGUAGACGAUAAGCACAAGCAAGGAGUGCGAGUCAAUAGUCUCAAUUUAGCAUUCUGGUAUGACCCAGUCAACACCGAUUACAAGGUUUUAAGGAUUGUGAAAUUUGAUGAUCCGGAAUCCAAAACAAAGAGCCUUGAAGAAGUUCAGGUAUAUAGUCUGAAAGCACAUUCUUGGAGAAGAAUAGAAGAUCAAUUGCCUUACAAGGAGCCAUUUAUUAUUUCUUCGUCCCAAUCGGUUUUCACCAACGGUGCUCUUCAUUGGUUUGUUACGAGUGCAACUGGAAGGACCAUUCUCGCAUUCGAUCUCACCACCGAGAAAUUUGGAGUGCAAACGCUUCCGUUCACACUCCAUUCGUUUGGUAAUUUGAUGGUUUUAGAAGGAUCGCUCUGUGCUUAUGCAUACACUAAUCAGGCUACAGGCGUUUGGAUGAUGAAGGAGUAUGGGGUGACGAGCAGUUGGAGUCGAGUUCAUACGGUGCCUUUGACUUUCUUCUACCGCCAAUUGCUAGCGUUUUCAAAGGAUGGCAAAAAGCAAUUGUCGGUCAUCGGGAUCAAGUUGGCGCCGGAGUCCGACAACUUCCAGUCGCCGGAAACCUGCCAGCGCCGGAAUCAGGUCACCGGAAUUCUGCCGGUGCAGGAAUCAGGCGCCGGAAUUCUGCCGGUACCGGAAUCCGGCACCGGCAGACCAAAUUCCGGCCGGGAUAUCGCCGGAUUCCGGCCAAGCCGGUCGUAUCUGGACGGACCUGGGUAUUGA